CGUGCCGCUGACUCAGCCACCCAGAUCGCGGGGGAAUUCCUGCGCUUCUCCUUCCAUCAUCAUCAUCAUCGUUGGUUGGGGUUGAUGAAAGCGAUCUUGUCUUGCGUUGCCAAACGAAGAUAUUUGACACCGGAUUACUAGGUGGGAUUGUACACUUACAUUCCGCAUUAAAGGGCAUAUCGUGCGCUGUAUAACUCUUCGACUCUAUUGUUAUCGCCUUGAAACUCUACCCUUGCAGUGUUCUUUCUCUACUAAGCUCCACCCGUGAGCUCCCCUCUCUCCUCCCCGCAAUAUGGCUUCAGAUCAACUUUCGGCCCUGCUUCUGCUGCCACCACCCCCUUCGGCAUCGUUCGACCAGUUCAAGGCUGCAUACGAGCCCAUUCUGUUGGGUGUCUGCACCAAGCUUGUCCGGGAACUUAAUGGAGCCAAUCACGCGGCCAUACUAGAUAUUGCGCUCUCCCUUCCAGGCCUUCGAUCCCCCUCAUGUCGGCCGCGCACUAGGGCAUUUUCAAGCCUCCAGUCUUUUCUGGAAAGCAUCUAUAGGCUUAUUGGGAUUGUGUGUGUUGAGCAAGGCAUUGAGCUCGACGGUCCUGGCGGUAUUGACGCCCGUGUGAUCUUACUCGACUACGAUUCAGUCCAGACUGCCGUUCCCAGGGACAACCCGUGCGAUGGUCCUGUUAUUGACUUGCAGACGUUGGCGCGGUCUGGGCGACUGUGGGAUUUCAUAUACUACCCGGAUAACCAAGUAGGUCAGGGUCUAGCAACGGCCUUCAGUAGCUUCUAUUCUGAGUCUAAGGACCCCAACGGCGGAUCUAUGAGCGCAAUCCCAAAUGCACCCAAUUGGAAGGCUGCAGAAUCACUUCUGGUGAUGGAUGAUAACCACAUAUCAACCAUGCAUUACUCUGUGGCUGUAGGAGGCACUUUCGACCAUUUUCACAUUGGGCACAAGCUCUUGCUCACGGCUACGGCGUUGGUAUUGCAGCCUGCCGAGGAUGUGGAGGCAGGUAAAGUCCGGAAGAUUACCGUCGGGGUGACAGGAGAAGGUUUGCUGGCGAAGAAAAAGUAUGCCGAAUAUCUGGAGAGCUGGGAUGAGCGAUGCAUGAGUACCGGGUCGUUCCUUUCAGCCAUCAUGGAUUUCCGUAUCCCGGAAACCAGUGCGCCGCGCAUUGAACGAGACUCUGGGUCUGGACCCGAUGACAAGUACAUUCAGAUGCGAAUGCGGCCGGAUCUAGUCUUCAAGCUGGUACAGAUCACGGAUCCUUUUGGCCCUACCAUCACCGACGAAGAGAUCAGUGCUCUUGUUGUUUCCAAAGAGACUCGUGCAGGUGGGGCCGCGGUCAAUGAGGAGCGUGCGAAGAAAGGCUGGGAGAGCCUGGAGGUGUUUGAAGUCGACGUACUACAUACAGGCGAAGUCCCCACCGACGAUGCCGAGAGUUUCGCGUCCAAGAUAAGCAGCACUGAUAUCAGACGGCGUCGGAUGGAGAUGGCCACGGAAUAAAUUAGCGCAAUGAACUGGCAAAGCGUGCGGGCAGCUAUGCGAACCAGUCGUCAAGCUCGAGAAUUUAGACAUUGACAGCUGUCCUGAAACGGCAGAGGGCAGGCGUGCAGAUAUGGGGAUGAUUGGGCACGAUGCGAUCC